CUAAAUACCGAAUCUAUCCCCAAACUUAGCAAUUUUGCAGAUCUGCUUUCGUUUCGCUUCGCCUCCAGAUUUUAUUUCUUUCUUUCUUUCACCUUCUUUCUCUCUCUCUCUCUCUCUCUCUCUAUUUCACAGUCCUAAGCUAGCAAAGCUUAGACAACACCCAAGUCCAUUUAAGGAUUGUGAAACUUUAAUUUAAUGGAGGGAGUUGGGGGUGAGGGUGCAUCGGCAGCAUCGCCUGUAGCUCAAUGGGGACAUGAUGUUUGGAGAAUGUAUCAGUAUUAUCUGGAUAAGACUACACCUCAUACAAUCUACCGGUGGAUUGGGUCUCUAGCCAUCGUGGCUAUCUACUGUUUGCGGGUUUACUAUGUUCAGGGUUUUUACAUUGUUUCCUAUGGGCUUGGAAUAUAUCUACUGAAUUUGCUCAUUGGGUUUUUGUCACCUUUGGUUGAUCCUGAAGUUGAGCAUUCAGAUGGACCUUUAUUGCCUACAAAGGGUUCUGAUGAAUUCAAGCCGUUCAUUCGCCGCCUUCCUGAGUUCAAAUUCUGGUAUUCCUUCACAAAGGCAUUCUGCAUAGCAUUUGUCAUGACCUUCUUUUCCAUGUUUGAUGUUCCUGUCUUUUGGCCUAUACUGCUCUGUUACUGGAUCGUUCUUUUUGUCCUAACAAUGAGGCGCCAGAUUGCACAUAUGAUCAAGUACAAGUAUAUUCCUUUCAGCAUAGGAAAGCAGAAGUACGGCGGGAAGAGAUCUUCUGCGAGUAGCAGCAGCUCCCGUGGGGACUAAAAACCUUGGCCGGUUGACAGGGCAUGUAGUAAAGGAGCAGAUGGGAAAAACAAAUAUAGAAGCGAGAAUUGAUGGUGAUUGAUUUUAUUCCUGUUGAGGGACAUGCAUUAAUGUUAUGAUAGAUUUUAAUAUGCACUUCCAAAUAUGCCUUGGCAUUUUAUGAUGGCAGAGUGCUGCUGAUGUUGCAGAAUUAAACACUUUUAUUGUUUAUACACAUAUUAAGGAGAUGCAGUUUAAGUUUCUGAGAAUUUGUCAAAUCAAAUGUAAACUGUCUUCUGGUUUCCUCAUUGUUAGUCAUGGAAAAUGACUUCUGUAGCAGUUAUUAUUGUUUCCAUAGCACUCUAAAACAGUAGUGUAGAUUCAUUGCAAACAAAUUUAAAAUUUAUUUUAUUUUUCGUUUA